AUGGCACAAGACGGCGUUAUCAACCUGGUUGGGACUCUUGCAGCUUUGCCUCCUGUCCCCGCUUCGCACAAGCAACUCCGCACUCAAACAAAAUCAACCAUCCAAUCACCAGAGUCAAAAGCUCCUGUACUGGUUAUCCUCGAUGAUGACCCGACGGGAACUCAAACUUGCCACGAUGUCACUAUUCUCACAGUAUGGGAUGUUCCAACUGUGGUUUCAGCCUUCAAGCAACUAGGAACCGGCAAUGGCUUCUUCAUCUUGACAAAUUCACGCGCUCUCCAUCCCCCUCAAGCCCGGGAUCUCAUGAUCGAGAUAUGUACGAACCUCAAGGCCGCUUCGCAGGAAGUUGGUUUGCCGUAUGAGAUCGUUCUGCGCGGAGACUCUAUCCUCCGCGGACACUUUCCUCUCGAGCCUGAGGCUGUAGAGCACGUCAACGGCGCGUUCGAUGCUUGGAUCUUAUGCCCCUUCUUCCUCCAAGGUGGACGAUACACCAUCAACGAUAUCCACUACGUCCAUGAAGGCGAUCAUCUUAUCCCAGCUGCAGACACACCGUUUGCCAAAGAUGCUACGUUUGGUUACAAGAGCUCCAACCUGCGAGAUUAUGUUGUGGAAAAAUCCAAGGGACAAAUUCCGCUGACUAACAUUGACUCAAUUGAUUUGGAGACGAUUCGGGUUGGAGGGCCGGAUGCUGUUUUCCAAAAGAUAAUGGGACUUCCAAAGAGAGACAAGGCUCCAGUUGUGCUGGUCAUCAAUGCCGCUGCUGAUGAAGAUAUGGACGUGGUCAUCACAGCACUUCUCAAGGCUUCACAGCAAGGAAAGAAAUAUCUUUACCGAACAGGUGCUGCGUUUGUCUCGUCGCGAUUGGGAAUCUCGUCUAUACCGCCUCUUUCCGCGUCUCAAUUGGGUCUGUCUAAGGGAAUUGGUGGUCUCAUCAUCGCAGGCUCAUAUGUUCCCAAGACGACCGCACAGCUGGAUUCUCUUGUCACCAAGUCGGGAGACAACCUGACAACGAUCACUCUAAACGUUAAGGCACUGCUCAAGUCGGAUGAGUCUGCCAAGCAAGAUGUAUCCAGCGCUAUCGAACUCGCCUCCCAGAAGAUCAAGAAUGGUCAAGAUGUACUCGUCAUGACGAGCAGAGAACUAAUCGUUGGAAAGGAUGAAGUGGAGAGUUUGGACAUAGGCUCCACAAUAGCCAAGGCGUUGGUCUCGUUUCUUCAAAACUUGGAGCAGAAGCCACGGUACAUUAUUGCCAAGGGAGGUAUUACAUCUUCUGAUAUGGCAACCAAGGGAUUGAGGAUGAAGCGGGCUCUCAUCGUUGGUCAAGCUGCCCCUGGAGUGCCGAUGUGGCGAUGUGAUGAGCCAGAGUCCAAGUGGCCAGGGAUAAAUUAUGUGGUGUUCCCUGGAAAUGUUGGUCAUAACGAUAGUCUUUACGAAGUUGUUAGACAGUGGAGGGAGUUUAGUUAG